AUUCAAAAGUACCACCUCUACAUAAGGGCCACCUGACCAAUGUGACCACUUUUUGUGGUUCCUUAGAUUAUAGUAAUUUUUCCUAAGGAACAUACAUUAAAGAAUCCUGCCUAUUGUCACCUGUCCAUAGAUACCAGAUUUUCUUGCCGGUCACUCAGUCCUCAGUAGUCCUCUUGGGCCUGAGUGGUCUUCUUAGUGAAAGUUACAAUGGUGGGUGGGUUGCAAGUAGGUUCGGAUGUACUAAGUAAUUCUCUGGAAUAGAAUGAUGGAAACGAAGUGGGAGGAGGUAAGAGAGCCCUUGACAAUGUCUCAUCGUGUGAUGAACGAAGCGACACGAGACAGACUCUCUGAUAUACAGUAGCACUAUAACGAUAAUCUAAACUGCUUCACCUUUGACCUUAUCACUUCCGGGUACCGAGUUUCUAGAGAUGAAGGUGUUGUUUCUUGCUGCGGGGUAUGGAACCAGACUGGAGAGAGACGUACUGGCCGACCAAUCAGGGAAGUAUGAUCACCUGAGGGGCAUACCCAAACCCCUGGUACCUGUUGGCGGACGUCCGCUCAUCUCUCAUUGGAUGGACAUCCUGAUGAAAUUUGACACUGUGGAACAAUUUUAUCUGGUGACAAAUCGGAAGUACCUGACACAGUUUGAAGUCUGGGCCCAGGCCUGGCCAAAGCUGCAGAUUGUAAGUGAUGGAACCACAGACAAUGAGACGAGAAGUGGAGCAGUAAGAUGUAUACAACUUGCAGUGGAACAUUUCCAAAUAACAGACGACUUGUUAGUAAUAGGAGGAGAUACACUACUUUAUGAGGAUUUUGACCUUAAAAACUAUUUAGAAAGAUUCCUCGAGCUGCAAAAGAAGACAGGAGAUGCUUGUUUGGUCACAUACUACAAUUGUGCAGAACAUGAAACAGUGAAGUUUGGAAUUCUUGAGGUGGAUGAGCAUGAUGUGGUAACAAGAUUCCGAGAGAAACCCCGACCAGAGGCGACCCCAUCAAGACGAGCAUGUCCCUGUUUCUACCUGUAUAGCAACAGCAGUCUCCCUCUACUGCAGGAGUUCUUGUCAGAAAGGAAGGAUUGUCCCUUGAAAGAGAUAGAUGCACCAGGCAACUUCCUUCAAUACCUGUACACAAGGAGACCUGUGUUUGUGUACAAGAUAUCUGGAAGAUUUGAUGUAGGAGGAUUACAAUCCUACAUUGUUUGUGACCAGUACUUCAUGCAAAAGAGGGGGCAAUAGUUUACAUGUACAUCAGAUAAUUUCUGCUGACUGUGUUUGAGGAAUGACUAAUUUUACAUUCAAUAUUAUGUAAAAUAUUAUAGGCCACAGCAAAUAAAUUUUAUGGAUGACAUCAGUGCACUCAUUAAUCUUCACCUGAAAAAAAUUUCUAAAUGGUGAUGAACAUGACGAGACAGUACAGAAAUGGAAAAAUGUGUGGUAGAAGAAUGAUUGUACUUGACUUGUAAAAGUGACACUAGCGAGGUAGCCAUGUCUGUAGUAGAAAUGGGUUAUAGAAAUACAAGUUGGAGAGUGGUAAAACUGGCACCAAUAUGGAAUCCAUGUGUGGUUGCCAACUUGGUGAUACCAGUCUACCAUACUAAAUGUCACUUUGACCAAGGUUAUAUCAUGCUUUGACUGCACUUGUGCACUAAAGUAAUGAAUGCCUUGUUGGCUGUGAUUCCAUUUUAGUUACAACUUUUAUGCUGUCUCUUUUGAAGAUUUGGCCAUCUUUUCCCCCCUCAUUAUUUUUGCAGUCUGUAGAGGAUGCCAUCCAUCAAAUUUAAUUGAGAGAAACUCUUGUGAACAAAAUGAAUUUUAUCUAGCCCAGUAUCCAGACUUAUUACAGUUGCAGAAUCUUUGUCCUCUUGCUCAAACACUUGCAUGAGAGGACAGAGAUUUGGCAGGUUUGGAUUAGCCUCCAUAGCAGGCUCUCUGGGGGCUUUUUUGGGCUCAUAAUACACUGGUCGCUGGCCUUUUCUGACUGCCACCCCCCUGCUGCUCCCAUCUUGGGGGGCGGCAGUCAAAAAAGGCCAGCAAUCAGCGACCAGUACAAAUAGAAAUGGCCAGCAAAAGUGUAUUAUGAGCCCAAAAAAGCCACCAGAGCCUGCUAUGGAUACCAGGCUAGGAAUAACUACUUUCACAUCAGUUGAAAUAUUCAUACGAUUACAUGUAACGUUACCUCUAUUGUAAAACAAGUCAUAUUUCCUACAAUGUUAGUCUAGUUUACACAGAUGAAUUCAAUUUGAUCCAGCAGAUGGACAAUUGAUGUAUAAGCUUGUUAGGUCUCUAGAAAGAGGUUGUCAAUAUUUCUACACUUGUUCAUGAUGUUCAAUAAAAUUUUGUGUAGGAAAA